CCCCGUGAUUCCCUUCGGUCAUGGCCCCGUCCAAGAUCAACUACUGCGUCUAUGUCGACCCGACCGCGGGAACCCCUCGGGUCGGACACUUGGUUUUCGGCGAGGAACAAAUCACCCCGCUGUCCUUUUCCUCCGGCACGCGUGUGUCCGAUCUCUAUCAGGUCAUCGAAGCCGGCGACGAGAGGAUCAGACCGGCGCCCGAGGAGGCCCUGUCGCUCUCCCAAGUGCAGUUGCUCCCUCCCAUCUCCGGUCGCGACAUUCUGGCCGUCGGGAAAAACUACGCCGAACACGCCAAGGAAUUCAACUCGUCGGGGUUCGAUGCCUCCGACAAGAAUGACCAGCCCACCCGGCCGGUGAUCUUUACGAAGCGCGCAACAUCCAUUAUCGCCCACGGGGAAGAAGUCCUGCUGCACCCGGAAUUCACCGAGACCCCGGACUACGAGGGCGAGAUUGGGGUGAUCAUCGGCAAGGCUGGCCACCGCAUUCGCGAGGCCGAGGCCAUGGACCAUGUCUGGGGAUAUACCAUCAUCAACGACGUGACUGCGCGCGAGAGACAGCGGGACCACAAGCAAUUCUUCCUGGGCAAGUCCCCCGACACGUAUUGCCCCAUGGGACCCGUGGCCGUUCGCAAGGAGCACUUGCCCACCAAUCCGCGGCUGCAGACCUUCGUCAACGGCGAGAAACGGCAGGAUGCGACCCUGGACCAGCUGAUUUUCAGCAUCCCGACCUUGAUCGCCUGUCUGUCGCAGGGCCAGACCUUGCAGCCGGGCGAUACCAUCGCCACCGGCACCCCCGUCGGAGUCGGGUUCGGAUUCCGACCCAUGAAGUUUCUGCAGCCGGGAGAUGAGGUGCACGUUAGUGUGACCGGCCUGGGUACCCUCGUCAAUCGCAUGGCCACCGCCGAUGCCCCCAAUACCACCAUCCAGCGCGUCCAAGCCCGAUCCGCGAUUCCACGGUUCAACCAAAAGACCCGUCAAAGGCACGGCCUGCUGCAAGUGGGAGGCAAGGAGCUGUUCUACCAGUUUCAAGGACAUCAAGAGGGCGCGCCCGUCAUUUUCAUCCACGGCCUGGGCGGCUCGUCCGGCUAUUUCACCCCGCUGGUAACGAGCCUGGCCGCGACGCAUGCCCUAUAUCUGACCGAUCUCGAGGGCCACGGCCUCUCCCCGACCAGUGCGCUGAGCGAGCUCACCGUCGCCUCGCUUGCCGCCGACGUCCGCGACGUCUACCGUCAAGCACGACCAGACCGGAAACCGGCCACGGUGGUCGCCCACUCGAUGGGCUGCCUAGUGGCAAUGAAGCUGGCCUUGGAAUAUCCGGAGUUGAUCACCGGACUGGUUCUUAUGGGACCUCCUCCGUCACGACUAUCGCCGGCGGCGCGAUCCGGGUGUUACACUCGCGCAGAGACGGUGCGCAACAAGGGCAUGUUCGCGGUGGUAGAUGAUAUUCUGGACGCCGGUCUGUCUUCCGCAUGUCGAACGAAGAACCCCCUGGCAGUCACAGCCACCCGUCUGUCCCUGCUCGGUCAAGACCCCGAGGGAUACGCAAAAGCAUGCACGGCACUCGCCGGGUCAGCCGACGAGAUUUUGGACCCCGCGCAACUGACUUGUCGGACCCUCAUUCUGACGGGCAGCGAGGACGUCGUGAGUCCGCCUGCCGUAUGUGAUGCUUACGCAAACGCUAUCCAGUCUUCUCGAAUGAAGGUGCUUGAUGAGGUCGGUCACUGGCAUCUAUUUGAGAAUGAUCGGGAUACGUCCGAUGCUGUGCUCUCUUUUCUUGCCGAUCAGCAGUGACAUUUCCGGCCAAAUACACUUUUCGGAACGGGCCCGCGUUGGACUCGAUGUAAACCAAUUUCCUGCCACUGGGAGGAUGGUACCAAUCCCUACACCUAAGAACCCCUGAUUGAUUGAAUGCUUUCAUAAGCUGUCCAAUCUACGAAAGAGAACGUAGAUCAGCCAAAAUCAAAUGUAGCAAAGCUUGGAAAAGAACGAUCUCCUCGACACAAUUUCUUGCCAGUCAAACCCCGGAACAUGGUGCAUUUUGAGCGACAGAAAAAGUGACUAGAAUCACUGC